AUGCUUAGAAAAUUCUCGUUUUUGACGACCUUAACAACAAUAGGUAUCAUCCAAAGCAGUUUAGCUUUGAGUACCUAACUCUAACAAAACGGCGAUUUCUUCCUCCCCAAUUAGGAAUCGACUUAAAAUGGAUUCUUGCAGAUUGAGUCCUCCUAGAAAGUCACAUAAGUCUCUGAUUCAUGGAGCGCUACUAGAAGAUCAAGUUUGAGCGUUAGUGAUGAUGUUCCUUAAAUUGUAAGUCUAAGCUCCUGGAUGACUGAUCUUAAAAAGAACCCAAAAAUUAGUCAACUUAAGAUUAACUAGAUCACAAUACCAGGAGCUCAUCAUGCUGGUCUUACUUAUCUAUUACCCUUUUUUGAGCUUAUUGAAGCAAUAUUUGGAAAGCUCGGUCUUAAAGAUAUAUAUGAUAGCAAGCCAAAAGAGUUCAUUUCUUACUUAAUAAACUCUAUUCUUGUGCCACAUGUUUACUCUGUUGAAGAGAUAUUAUAGUAAGGAGGUAGAUACCUUGACCUUAGAAUCUCUCAAGAUUUAGACGAUCCCAAUGAGAUAUACCUAUCUCAUUGUUUCCUAUCUAAAAUCAGACUAAACGACUCUCUUGCCAUUGUAAACAAAUUUUUGUAAGCUAAUCCAGGUGAGAUUAUUAUCCUAGAUAUCCCAGUAGACUAUGACCCAUUUGGAACUGUUGGCAAUCCAGUACCUCACUAGGAAAUUGACGCCUAGAUUAGGCAGAAUAUUGAUAGUAAAUUCAUUUUGACAAGAGAUAACAUCAGCCAACCUAUAUCUACUUAUGGAGGUGUUUAUUUCACCAAUUUUGAAUAGAAUUCGACUCUUUCUCAAAUUAAAAUCAAAGCUGGUUGGGCAAUUACCUAGGACGCUGAUCCUUAGCAAGUUGUCAAGAAUAUCAAGAACUACUACGAAAGCGAUUAAUACCUUAAGCAAGAUCCAAUUGACUUUGAUAUGCUGAAAUGUGACCCAUAUGUUACAGCAAGCACUGAUUCAGCCAUUGAAACCCUAGUUUAUGAGACCUUAUUUGAAAGCUAACCUCUUCCACUAGACCCCUUAAUUAGUUCUAAAGUCAUCCCAGCUAACCUCAAGUCUUCAGCUAAACUCUCCAACCCCUUAUUCUAUGACACUGUCUAUAGAUCAGACAAGCUCCUUAAUAUUGUAAACAUAGUCGAAAUGGACUUAUUCGAUGCUGAAAACGCAAUCAGAGCAAUUGAAUUGAAUUUCUAUAGAUACUUCUGA